AUGAAUGUUAUAGUGUGGAAUUGUAGAGGCGUUCUGAAGCCUAAUUUUCAAAGGCAUGUUAGGGAGCUGGCUAGGGCUCAUAAUCCUUCUAUUUUUGUAGUCAUGGAAACUCGGGUUGGGGGAGGCAGAGCAAGGGAGAUUAUUGAUCGUCUUCCUUUUGAUGGUGCCAUUCUUGCAGAGACAAUCGGAUUUGCUGGUGGCAUUUGGCUUUUGUGGAACUCAGACAGAGUAGUGGUAGAGCAACUCGCGAGCACGGAACAAGAAAUUCAUGUCGAAGUAAAGGUAUUACCUUCCAACUUUUCUUGGAUUUUUUUUACUGUGUAUGCUAGUCCUAGAACUGUGGAAAGGCAAGUGUUGUGGGACAAUCUUAGUAGAGUUGCUGGUUUGCAUAGUAAGCCUUGGAUUAUUGCGGGUGAUUUCAAUGAACCCCUAGCUGAAGUUGAUAAGUUUGGGGGAAGACCAGUUAGCAUAAAUAGAUCUCUUCUUUUUAAGGAUUGUUUGGAUAAAUGUAACAUGGUGGAUAUGGGGUUUAGUGGGCCGAGAUACACUUGGACGAAUAGAAGGGAGAUUAGUAGUCUUAUUCAAGAGAGAAUUGGUAGAUUUUUUAUGAACCCAAGCUGGUGUCUGCUUUACCCGGAUGCUAAAGUGACGCACCUGACUAGGUGUCAUUCGGACCAUUGUCCUGUUUUGUUGGAAACUAACCCUAGUAGGCAGAUGCAUCUCACCGGACCCUUUAAAUUCCAAUCCUUUUGGUUGUCUGAUCCUUCUUUUCCCAAUGUGGUAAAGCAAGCUUGGCAACACCCUAGGAAGCUUAAUGAAGCAAUUGAAGUGUUUUCCAGGCAGGCCAGUUUAUGGAACAAGAAUCAUUUUGGAAAUAUUUUUCAGAAAAAGAAAAGGGUUUUGGCCCGGCUUGAUGGGGUGCAAAGGGCUUUGGCUAGCCAGCCGUCUGUCUCUUUAGUAACGCUGGAGAACCAGCUGAUUAGGGAGUUAGAUGUUGUGCUAGAGCAAGAAAGGGAUCUUUAG